AAUCCGGUAAAAGAGGAACUGGCCUUGGAGAGAAGAAGGAAGUGCAGUUACAUUGAGGAAGGAUCAAAACAUCAAUACUGGGUUGCCGUUUUUACAGACAAAUUCAGGUGCAUAGCGAAGGCGAAAGGCUUCGAGAAGCCUGGGAUUUCUCUUCAAAUUCUGAUACAAAAGCUGGGAUGAAGAACUGUCUAUCUAAUUUCAGUUUAUUUAAUGGCAGAUAUUGGAAAUUUCACAGUAAAAAGGAAGACAUUUUUAUCAGACAUAUAAGUGCCAUAAGCCCUCGACAAAGAUCUUUACAUCAUCCGUAAAUGAAUCAUGCAAUAUUGAAUUUAAAGUUUGUGAUUGAAAUUGAUUACUUUGGUAUUGCAUUGAGUGAGCGCUAGAUACAACAGACUGUUUUGUGCGCGGGAGCUGAGGAUCUCCACGACCAGUUAGCUCUGUGGUCGGAGGUAUUUAAAUUCAAGGCAAUCAUUGUUAUUGCACGAAAUGUUUCCAGCUGGAUACAGUAAGGCCUGAAAAGUUUGUGUGUUCGCUGUUUUUGAACGACACAUUUGACCGAGUUUAUUUGAUGUGGGCCAGUGCAUAGUUAAUUGUUAGGUUAGUUAAAUUCGUACAACCAUUGUUGCAUAUCGAACUAACGUGUAAGACAGAGGAUUGCGAAAAAGACAAGUGUCAUUUUGUUUAUCAGAAUUGGCUACAUGACCUGGUGGUGGCAGAUUGUAGCCUUUUACGGUCGUCUCUAAGCCUAGGGGCUAGAUAGGGAAUGAGUAUAUGCAUUUUAAACACUUAAUAUUUUGCAUGAUAAAAAUAAAUAAACUGUCAAGAUGAAACUCCUGGAGAAUUCUAGUUUUGAAGCCAUAAACACCAGACUCACCAUUGAAACGGGGGACUGUCAGAUAAUAGGAAGGAUCGAGAGCUACUCUUGCAAGAUGGCAGGCGAGGACAAGCAGAUGUUCAAGCAGUUCUGUCAGGAGGGACUGCCUCAUGUCCUGGAAGCCCUGUCCCCUCCACAGUCCUUAGGAAUAAGCCCCAACAAGUUGAGCCAGAGUCAGAGUGGAGACGAGGGGGAAGGGCCUCUCUCUGACAAGUGCAGCAGGAAGACCCUCUUUUACCUGAUCGCCACCCUCAAUGAAUCCUUCCGCCCCGACUAUGACUUCAGCCGCACCAAGAGCCACGACUUUAGCAGAGAGCCCAGCGUUAACUGGGUGUUCAACGCGGUGAACAGUAGUCUGUCGGCGGCGGCCGGGGAGGAUUAUAGCCUGCUUCAGCCCCAGCUGUGGGAGGCCAUCGACGCUGAGAUCUGCCUGUCCGAGUGUGACAUCUACAGCUACAACCCAGACCUGGACUCUGACCCAUACGGAGAGGAGGGCAACAUGUGGUCCUUCAACUACUUCUUCUACAACACAAGGCUGAAGAGGAUCGUCUUCUUCACGUGCCGCUCGGUCAGUUUAUUCAUGGCCCCACGGGACUCUGGCAUUGGAAACGAACUGGACCUGGAGCUUGAUGAAGAGAGCAGGUAUGGUGCCCUGUGUUCCCAGUGAAGUCCCAGUCUCAUACAGGACCAGACAGUAUACUGGAUGUCUGUCUGUACCCACAUCAACAUUUCUUUUACAACUCAUCUUAAACUCAUCAUAUUUCGUGUUGGGAUUAUACUUGAAUUAUACUUUUUUUUCUGACUUUGUGUGGUGAACCUUGCUCUAUUUUACUGUGGAAAUCAGACUAUGAGCUUGGAGAUCUGUUACUCAUGUUCAAAUGAGGAUUAUUCCCAUUUAUUUGUGUUUAUCAUUUUAAUUUUCCAUCGCUACGUUCCCCUUACCUUGAUUAUCAGAAGCAAAAGCUUUGUUUGGUGUGUUUGACCUGGUAUUAGAGCAUGUCCUGGCACUCAUUAAUUUGCAACUUAUUUUACAUUCUCUUUGCUGGUUUUGAUAAUGCAUUAAUUAAGCAAAGUUUUAGAUUUUUUAAAAUGUUUUUCAAGCUUUACCAUUCCAAAGUGUGAGCUGUUCUCAUACCAAAUUGGCACUCAAGGUUUAGGUAUUGGACCAUUCUCUGACUGCAUGCUUGAGUGCAUGUUUGAACACCAGGGGGCAGACUCAAUUUAGGUUUCCUCCACUGUAGCUACAUAAAAUAUUGGCCAACCAAUACUGUCAAAGUCAUAUAACAGCUUGAAUCAGUCUGCCUCUUGGUGAUGUUCUACCUUCCAUACCAAUACUGUCAAAGUCAUAUAACAGCUUGAAUCAGUCUGCCUCUUGGUGAUGUUCUACCUUCCAUACCAAUACUGUCAAAGUCAUAUAACAGCUUGAAUCAGUCUGCCUCUUGGUGAUGUUCUACCUUCCAUACCAAUACUGUCACUUCAAUCUCAGCUGAUGGAAAAGUCAUACAACAGCUUGAAUCAGUCUGCCUCUUGGUGAUGUUCUACCUUCCAUACCAAUACUGUCACUUCAAUCUCAGCUGAUGGAAAAGUCAUACAACAGCUUGAAUCAGUCUGCCUCUUGGUGAUGUUCUACCUUCCAUACCAAUACUGUCACUUCAAUCUCAGCUGAUGGAAAAGUCAUAUAACAGCUUGAAUCAGUCUGCCUCUUGGUGAUGUUCUACCUUCCAUACCAAUACUGUCACUUCAAUCUCAGCUGAUGGAAAAGUCAUACAACAGCUUGAAUCAGUCUGCCUCUUGGUGAUGUUCUACCUUCCAUACCAAUGCUACUCAAGUCUACAGUUGUUUAUUUGUUUUUAUUUAGCGACAAGUGCAGUCUAUAGUUUUAUGGGUCAAGCCAGCAAAUACGAUUCUGCUGUAUCUGUUCCAAAAGCACUUGAGAAUCAAGACUAGAUUCUGAAUUCCAUCGUGUGUUUUAAGGACUUAUGUGACAUGUGACUUCUCAUAUGUAGUACAAACUCUGCUUGUAGAGUAUACUGUUUGAAUUUACAUAUAUUGUAUUUUAAUAUAACUUAAAGCCUUUUUUAGGUAUUGCUUUAGUUGAAGCAUUUUUUGUCUGUUAGAGCAGUGCCCCCUGUGUGUGGCAUUUUUAAAUGUAAUUUUAGACAGUCUCAAGACAAAUCUAAAGUCUGAUUUAUAAUUUCCACUGCAAAAACUCCCUGUAGAGAUCAUUGAUGCCUAUGGUCCAACUUUCCUGAUCAAAUGAAGCAUGUACUGAAUAUACAAUAAUGCAUUUGUGACUAAUGGGUGGACUGAAGAGCAAGGAUACCUAUUUAGGCUCAGUAGUGAGUGAGUGGUUGGUUAGUUGUUUUUCAAUGGUCACAGCUCCUGUAUCAGUAUUUUGGUUGUCCUAUUGACUACCAGCUGGACAGUGUUACUGUAUGUGGCAUACAUCUUGCUCUUGCACCUUUUUUGUAUAAGUAAAAUGUGAAAGACUCAUAUCCUUCGUACAUUUAGGUACAAAAUGGUAGAAUGAUACAGUAGGUAUUGUAAAGUUUAAUUUAGUCCCUUCUAUGUGAUGUAUAUCUAUCUGCCUCUAGUGACGUUGAAACCACAAACCUAUUCCUGAAUUUGAUUUCAAAUGUCAACAACAUCCUAAGUUAUCAGCAUAUUGACUUUUGACAAACACUUUGUGCAGGUAGACAUGUCUACAGUAUACAUUUUCUUGUUCAUUAUCUUUGUCGACAGAGCAGCUGUUUUAGAUUUGUGUGAAAAUAAGGUGGUUGUCAUGGCAAGGACAUGCAAGCUUAUUGCCUCUGACUUCCGGAUGCUAUGGUCCAAUUAAAUACUAAGAAGCGAGAUAAUAUUGUUGCGGAACUCUUGCAUCAUUGGCACAUUUAUUUUAGUCUUGUGCUAAUGACUGGCAGCUUACAAGACCUCAUACUUGUGGUUUUAUUUCACUAAACUUGUAUCCAUUUGAUUUGUCACCAUGUAUAAUAAAGGUCUUGACUAAAACUG